AUGCGCUUCGCGGCUGCUACCACUACCUUCCUCCUCACGCCUGCCGCUCUGGCAUUCCCGUCUCCGUGGCGUAGCGGCAAUCCAAUUGCCGAGCGUGCGACCGCCCAGGAUAGGGAAGUCACGGACCGUUACCUAUUCGAUACGGCGUUGUCCGACUUCCUGGACAAAAGCCGAGCAAAGGAUCCAGCAACCCUGGAUUGGACAAAUGAUGGAUGCAGCUUGUCUCCGGACAAGCCUGCGGGGUUCGAUUUCUUGUCGGGAUGCAUACGACAUGAUUUCGGCUACCGCAACUAUAAGGCGCAAGGCCGCUUUACACUGAGCGCGAAGAAGAAGAUCGACGACCAAUUCCAGAAGGAUAAGGCGGCGGUAUACGCCGCCGUUGUUCGCUCGGGCACCUUCGGCGCGGGGCCCGGCAAGCGAGGCGAAGGGGAAGAAACCCCAAGGACUCUGGAAGAAGCCGUAGCUGAGUGUAAUAAGGCGCUAGAAGGCGCUCGCCGUGAGGGGCUGCUUCUCGGCCCCGAGUAUGACUGCACGCCGCCGGUGCUGGUGGACUGA